GCACAGCCCCCUGGGAGGAAGGCACCCGGAAGCGGGGCGCGGUUGCCAUGGUGACGGCGGGGCCGCCAUGUCCUUCAAGCGCGAUGGGGACGAUCCGGGGCCCCUCGGGGCGUUGCAGAAACGCCGGGUGUCGGACCUGUUGGCAAACUCCAUCCCCGAGGACGAGGCGCUGCUGCUGCGGAGCGGGAGGUUUGCCUGCUCCGUGUGUCCCCACCGGCCCGUGUGUGACACCCUGGAGGCCCUGGCCGUGCACAGGGCGGGCAGGAGGCACCUGCACAGUCUCCAACGCUCCUACGGCCGGACUCGCUCCCCACUCCCAGCUCCAGAGGCUCCAGGAGAGGCUCCAGGUGUGCAGGGAUCCCAGGCCCCGCUCCUGGCACGGACACGACGGAUCGCCCGGAGCGCCCUCCUGAAAUCCACCCCCUACAGCAGCUGCUGCCGCAGGAAAGGGGCCCAGGGAAGCACCCCCCGGCUGGUGCCGGAGCCGCUCCGGAACGCGGGAGAAUCCCGG